AUGUCAGUAGAAAGAGCUCUUGUUCUUGCUAAACCAGAUGCUGUAUGUAUCAGACAAGCUCCUAUUACUGCAGUUGAAACAUUAUUAAAGUCUAUUAAUGGAGGAAAGCUUCUUUGUUUUGAACAUCAUGUUGUACCAACUGAAUUGGCAGAACAACACUAUGAAGAACAUAAAGGAAAAGGCUUUUUCCCAAAACUUCUUAAUUUCAUUUGUAAUCCAAAUGGAGUUAUUGUUAUGGUUUUUGAAGGUGUUAAUGCUGUUAAAACUAUUAGAGAAGUAUUUGGUCCAACUUUUGUUGAAAAGGCAAUUCAAGUAGAAUGUCUUAGAGGUAAGUUUGGAAGUUGUGGUGGAAUUAAUUGUUUCCAUUCAAGUGAUUCUGCUGAAAGUGGAGCACGUGAAACUAAAUUAUGGGUUGAUUACUUUAAGAUUGAAUUAAAUGAAGAAAAAGCCAAAAAAGCUUUUGAUGAAUAUAAAGCUAAGUAUGAUGGUAAAUAUAAAUGUGAUGUAUCUAAAGUUAGAGAUAUAGUUAAAAAGAUUAGGGCUGACUCUGAAGAAUAUGUUAAUGCAAUGAAAGAAUUAAGUGACUGUGAUGACUUCCUUAUCAAGCAAUUAUUAGCUUCAAUUAUUUUGAAUUGAUUUUUUUUUAGUA